CAUGCCAAGGUGGAAAAGAUGGAGGAUAUGAAGGUGGAUUCUCUUGAAAAUGGAAGUGCCUUCACUAGCCCUCUGAAACUGAAAGAUUUGGACAAUCAUUCCUUUCUUACUCCUCGGUACUCAGGGAACCCAUUUCGGUCAAAAAGGCUAGGUUUGGGCCUUGAAGCUCCUGCAAUGUUGGAAGCCUCAGGCCUUUCACCAUAUCGAAACAAGGGAGACAGAGUAAGGGCCAUUCACUUGCUAGCGAGGGACCUCAGCCAACGUCUGGAGAGAGAAAUGGAAAAGCUUCAGAUCAAAAUUAGGCCAGUGGACUUGAAGGACCAAAGAUGGUCAUCUGAAACUCCAGCUCUUUCUGAGAUACCUCAGAAAGCUUUUGGUCUUACAGUAAACCCAAGUGCACAAUGGGAUCCAAGACGUUCACUAGAUCUGCCAGCACAAAUUCAGAAAUGCAGAGAGAGAAUCUUCCUUGAAGGUGGCUCAGAACUCCAGAUUGCCAAGGAAAGGCUUCGGCCUUUCUUGUCGACCCCAAACACUGACCAUGACAUAUUUAGAUGGCCAUCUUCGCUUGAGGAACACCAAAGCACAGUUGAUACAGAAGGUUGUGCUGUAAAGGAGGGAUCCCAGAAGGAAAGAAACACCUCACCAGAAGAACCAAGAGCCAAGCUUUCCAUGCCAAGCUUUCCAUUAUAUUCAGGAAGGAUCCCUCUUGGGUUAUCGGCCAGUUCUCUGGACGAUAUCCAAGUGGCUCCGCAUCACAACAUGGAGGUAGAAAAAGACAUCACCAAGAAGCAUCCUGGGCUUCAACUGGGACAUUGUGCCAACAUCUUACAUCAGGAUCAGACUCACAAUCAAACAUCCGCUGCAGAGGAAGAGACCGGUGACAAAAGUGAGCCAGUGGAUUCCACCAGCCAGUGGAGUGAGUUGAGCCAGUUCUAUGGUUGCUCCAGCACCUUUCGCCGCUUUGGCUUGACAAUGGUGGAGCAGCACCUGCGGGAAGAAGAGCUGAGAGCCCGACACCAGAGUGCCCUCCUCAGGUUGAGGGAAAAGGCCCUCCAUGAGAAAGCCAGGGCAGAACUAGCCUGGUUGGAACAUGAGAAGAGUUGUCAAGACAGUUUGCAGGAUUCAAGUGCAGCAUCAGCCACAGCUGAGAAGCAGUCUGCUCUGCUCACCAGACUCAAACAGGAACAGGCAGAGAUCCAUCACCUGCAAAACAUCUGCAGGGCUGCUCACCAGGAGAGAAAACUCCUCUUGAAGCAACAGAAAGACCUUUUGCUUGUGCAGCAGACAACCUCACAGCUGUGGAAACAGCUGCAUGAGCAAUUGGAAAAGUCACUCCAGCAGGUGCAUGGCACCCAGAAAGAAAGCACAAAGUCUCCCCUCCAUAUCUCCUCUAUUGCAACAGGUUUUGAAAGCUCAAGGGACAGAAGCCGCUCUAACCCACAACAGGGUGUGGAUACAAACAACCUCCAUACAGAAAGUGGGGAAGUGUUGUCCCAAGCGGUUAAAGAGUUAGAAGAAUUCCCCAAAGAGAAGCAACAGCCCAGGGAUCAAGAAGCUGAGACCAAGGAUAUUAUUACAGCCAAGGAUUCCCAUUUCUCCAGAGAACAACCCAUAGGCUCAGCCAUAACCAGCAGAGGAUGCAAGGGGAGUGGAGAUAAUUUCGUGAGCCAAAAGAAGGAAGAGCAAGAUACUGGUUCAAUAAAGUAUUCCAAAGAAGUCCCUUUUGGUAGUUCCAUGAACGAGGGACCACAGUGUUUGGUUUCAACGAUCUCUCCCGCUACAUUAUAUAGUUUCUCUCCCUUCAUGGAGAACUCCCAGUCGGAUGCUGAAUUUCAUAAGGCUCGUGCCAUCUUAAUCAAUAUUUCUGGAAGUUCUCUUUCAUCCUUAGAAGAAGCUGAGGAUGCCCAAGACACCGACGUUAGCCUGCCUGAAGAAUUUAUCUUCCAGGAUGAGCUUCAGGAUGAUCGCUAUGGUGGGGUGUUUCAUGAUACUCUAACUGUACCACAAAUAGCAAUAGACACAUCAUUAUCAUCUGGCAAGAGAGGCCACACUCAAAUGUCUGAAGAUCAUUCAGAUCGGGAUGACCUGCCAGCUACAUACAGCCAGGGAAAGACCCUGGAAGGUACGUCAGCCAGUGAAAGAAAAGAUAGAUCUGAUUCAAUGAUAUUAUCAACUGAUGGAAGCCCAAGUCCCAAGUCCCUUUCGAAAGGAGGAUCCCACUCUGGUCAGAAAAACACAACGACCAUUGGAAGGGAUGCAACCUCUUUGAAAGAUUCAGAGCCAAGGGCAGAGACUAUGGACAAGAUGGCUUUUCAAGGAGAUGCUGAGCCAGUAGCUGUUUUAUCAUGCAGCGGGAUAUGUUUCGACAGUCCUAAGGAUCAGAAAAAGCAAGGGCUGACAGAGGCCAGUAGCACCACUGAAGGAGAUGGUAAUGAUGAGAACCCAUCUUGUUCCAAAGCUAAGGAUGAAUCCAUGACACUUGAACCCAAAUCCUGCUUGGAGGAUGCAGAUUCUCUCAAUGAUGGUUCAGAACUUCUAACAGGUGAGAUGCAAUUGUUUCCGUCACAAAAUUCCUCCAAACCUCUCUUAGUUUUAGACAGCGGAAGUGGUUGUGUGGAGCAUUCAGUUGGAGAAGGCCAAUCCUUGGAUGAAGUUCCUACCGCCCAACUUCUCAAAGUGUCCAUGAGUGAUGAUGAGAUCGGCGUUGGCUCAUUACGCCCCCAAAGUAUAGAAGAAACAGUAAAUGGAAAUCAAAAUGGUUCUACAAUGGAUAGUCAAAGCACAAAGGAAUCUGGAAUGGCAACACACCAUUCAAGCUCACCCAAAGCUGGGGAGUUCUUCUCACCUAAGAACCAAGAUGAUACAGCACUCUCCAGCAAUGGACAUUUACCUGGAGUAGAGGAUGAGAUAUUGUCUCCUGUGGAUGAAGUGUUGUCUUAUGAAAGCUCUGAUCUACUGUCCUCCACCAACAAAGACGUCUCCUUCCAAAGUGAAGAUCUUCCUGCCCCACCUGAAGACUUGAGUGAAAAAGGUUCUAAUUUCAGCCUGCAAGACUUUCCAUCCCCACCUGAACAAUUUGUCUUCCCUGAGACUGGAGAGCUUCAGUAUGCCACGGAGGAAGACGCAUCCAUAAAAACAAACGACUUGCCUUCCUUAUCGGAUGAUCUCAGGUCGGAGUAGAUUUCCCAUUGCUACCUCUAGCAUUACCAAAUGUGUCUUCCUUGCCUUUGGGGCAAGGAAAACCAUAUAGGAGGAAAGAAGGUCUUCAUACAAAGUAUGCUUCAUUCUGGCAAUUUGAUGUGUCCAGUUUGUAUUUGCACCAGGUUGUAUCAAGCAAAGCAUCGGUUGCCUUGAGAAGCAACAAAGGUGCCAUUGUCCAAAAAACAGAUUGACAAUGGCUUCUGCUAAGCCUUUCUUAUCAUUUGAUGUUGAAGCAGAGACCACCUAGAAUCUUAACAUUGAGGGAUGCACCACUUCUAAUGGUGGUAUAUAGCAUGGUUGUGUGCGGUUUGAGCGUUGAACUACAACUCUGGAGACCUGGUUUCCAUGAAACCCACUCUCUCAACCUCAGGGCAAUGCAAUGGCAUACCUCCUCUGAAGAAACCUUGCCAGGAAAACCCCAUGAUAGUUUCACCUUAGGGCUGCCAUGUCGGAAACAGCAUGAAGACACACGCCGACAAAAACAACUUGUCCUGUUAGAAGAUGGUAAUCAUGGCAGACCUAUGGAGAAGAACUCAAUGCUCAAAUAUUAUUAGUGUUGUGGCAUGUUUGUGCCCCAAACCCAGGAAAAAAUGAACAAUGCACCAAGAAAAACCAAAUCUCAGUAGAUACCAAAGAACCACAUGUUUAAAUCAUGGAAGGGAUUUUUAAAAAUAUAAACAAAUUGCACUAAUUUCUUAGCUUUUAUGAAGGUAAUCACAGAUUAAAUAUAUAUAUUUGGAUCACUGUGAUAGCAAUGAAGUAGCCUAGAGAAACCUCUAAUGACUUUUCAAUAUAUAAUCCAUAGAUCCCCUUUCCUUCACAUUUAAUGAACUGGAAGAAGAGACUUUGCAUAGAGUAGGUUGCAAAAUAAGGGGGAUAUAAGGUGUUGUUUUGUAUGAUGAAGGGCUUUCUCCUGUGAAAUUUGUGAAUGAAAAAGUUAGUUCAUCUGAUUCUCAAUCAACACAUUGCUUUUAAUUUGAAUACGUGUUGAAAUAACAGCAACGGUUCUGCGAUUAAAUAAAACAAACCAGGCUUACAUGAUAUAAGAGCACAUUUUUAGGACCGUACUGAUGUAACAUAUUGUUCAAUGUCAGUUCCAUUUCUUUUUUAUUCAGCAUUUUAAAAAAUAACACAAUAACAGAAAUGAGAUUACUGAAUCCUGACUACAUGCAACAGGUUUUAAUUCAAGAUGCCAUGUCAGUUUGGUAAACCGAAAUGAAACGCUGAACAAAUGCAUAGACUAGGCAUUGGCAUUUUUGUAUUUCCAAAUGAAGGUUAUGCUCUGGCUAGAGCAUCUUAUGUAGAUCUUGGUCAAAGCAGGACAUUCAAUAAAGGUUGA